GCAAGCAAGCGCGUCUUUGUCAAAAAAGUACGUGUCACGCGUGUGUUUAAUUUAUGUACCCCAGGUUUAGGUUUAUGGAUGUGUUAGGGUUCAAUAAUUCAUCCAUGUUUUCGAGUGACAUCUUCCAGAAGAGUUUCAUUUUGAGAGUAUAUUUGAGUCUUGGAGUAUAAUCUCAUUUUCGUCGGUUUCCCUUUCUUUCUCAAUCCCGAGCUUGCUGGCCAUUUUCACUCCAACAACACAUCAAUGCUUCUUCCCCCUCGACCCAAAGCCCCCGUCUUGACAAGCCUCAAUUGAACUCCGAUAAACUUCGGAUCAAGUUUCUACAAUCUGCCGCUAGAAACAAAACUCUUCAAACCCUCUUCAGCCUCCCACUCACCGCACCGCAAUGCCACCCACCGAACAAAAAAUUCUCACCACCUUCCUCCUCCCUCCGUCCUCCCUCCCCCAAAUUAUCUCCCUCGCCUCCUUCACUCUCCUUUUCCCGCGCUCUGUUCAAUCGUCCCCUGCUAUCCGAACGCUCUAUCGGGACCUUCAGCAUCAACGCGCACAAACAAUCGACAAUGUUUCGGCAGAAAUCGAGCAAGAAGUGCGAAGGGGAAAGGCAAUGGAGAGAGCUAUUGUGAGAAGUAGGAGAGCAGAUGAGAGAGUGGUGGAGGAUGACGAGGUGGGGAUCGAACGAGCCCUUUCUAGCACAGCUCAGAUAUCCAACCUCCCAUCAUCCCAUCCACACUCCCUCCAUUCCAUUCUUCCUCGCCUCGAAACAGCGAUCGAAGACCUCGAAGACGAAAUUGCGCGACUAGAUGCCGAAAGCGAAGAAUUAUUAAAAGAAAUGAAGAAUACAGUCGGGGGGUUGAGUGAUCUUAGGUAUGGACGGCUUGCGAAUCCGGGGAUAAGGGAACAGGUUUUGGAAGGGUUGGAGAGAGUCGAGGGGGCUGCUGCGAUGGCGGGCGAAAAGUGAUCGCCAUGAGCGGGACAUGGAUAGAUAUUACAAUUGGACAGCUCUGAAGGAGAUAGGAAAGAUGGUUUUGGCCAAUGAAGGUAAUGAGGAAUCGCUUCGUUUUAGAACAUGAUCAGCGACGAGGGAAAAGACGGGCGCAUUGCGCAUUGAGGAUUGAGGAUUCGCGAUCAAGCAGCUAAGUGCGUUCACACAGGCGCAAACGUCGCGGUGAUGCAUCACUACCAAGGGUGAAGACAUACGAGUGGACACA